AUGUAUGAGCACGAUACCCAUUCAGUUGAGGAGACAAGCCUGUUUCUAGGCAGGACAGACAAUGAAAUUCUCGGAAGUCGCGGCGGCCAAGCACAUUCUAGGAAGUGCACUGAGUACUGUUUUACGACACUCUGGCUUUCUAACGCCGCCCUCCUAUGCACAUGCGUCUUGCUCAGUUUUCACAUUUUAUGGGCCUCGCCUUCAGGUCGCGCGUCGAACUGCCAGAGCCAAAUCGCAGACACAUACUCACCUGCCAACGAUGCCAUCGAAUACGAAUACAGACAAAUAUUCAACGACAGCCGGUUCCUGGGCCCGCCUCGACCCGAAUGGGACGCCCUAAUGGAGUCGAUAAUGUCUGGGACUCUGAUACGCAUCUCUGAAGAUGAACUCAUGAUGCAUGGCUCCGAUUCCAUACCGCUCAAAGACGGCGGAUACGCUGCUGGCCUCGGGGUGGCACAUAGCCUACAUUGCGUGCGACGCAUUUCUUCAUACCCAGAUACACGCAGGUCGGUGCAAACUCCAGAAUUUGUUCCUUCGUUUGUCUGA